CUGAUGCAUGCGUGGAGCCCAGCUUUGACGUUCACGCAGCACCUCCUCUUCUGCUUAACUCGGUUAUCCAAUCAAUGGACGCCAAUUACGUGGUAUGUUAAAAGACCAAGAUGGACACAUCGCGUCACUGAUCCUACUCGCCUCUCCCGUGGAGAAGAUGCCUUCCAGGCCGGACUCCUCCGUGCAGAUCCCGACGAGGAGCCUCCAGGAGGGGACCUGCUCCAAACUUUUUGGGUGCUUGCCGCCGGCCUACAGGGAGGAACUCUCCCACGUGUUACAUCUCACGGGUCCGCUGCUGCUGUUUCGGAUUCUGAACUUCCUGCUGCCUCUUGUGAUCACCAUCUUCUGUGGACACAUCGGCAACGCGGAACUGGCCGGAUACGCUCUGGCAUCAGCGACCAUCAACGUGAGCACCACGGCCACCGCGGAGGGCCUGACGCUGGCCUGCGACACGCUCAUCUCUCAGACGUUCGGCAGCAAGAACCUGAAGCGGGUGGGCGUGAUUCUGCAGAGGAGCUUGUUCAUCCUGCUGCUCUUCUGCUUGCCCUGCUGGGCCGUGCUCAUCAACGCGCACAACAUCCUGCUGAUCAUGCGCCAGGACCACCACGUCGCCGGGAUCGCCCACAUCUACAUGAUGGCCUUUCUACCAGCUGUUCCAGCCAUGUUCCUGCAUCAGCUGCAGGUGGCUUACCUGCAGAACCAGGGUAUCAUCCUUCCUCAGAUGUACACGGCGGCAGUGGCCAACGUCUUCAAUCUGGGGCUCAACUACGUCCUCAUCGUCAGCCUGGAACUGGGCGUCAUCGGCUCGGCGGCGGCGAACAGCCUGGCUCACGUGACCUCCUGCCUGCUCCUCCUGGCCUACAUCCGAUGGAAGGACCUCCACCGGCCCACCUGGGGAGGCUGGUCCAGCGAGUGUCUGCAGGACUGGGGGUCCUACAUGAAGCUGGCGGUCCCCAGCACCUUCAUGGUGUGCUUCGAGUGGUGGAUCUGGGAGAUCGGGGGCUUCCUGGCGGGCGUCCUGGGAGAGGUGGACCUCGCGGCCCAGCAUGUGAUGGUGGAGAUAUCGGCCAUCACCUACAUGUUUCCUUUGGGCGUCCAAGCGGCUGCCUGCGUGCGUGUGGGCAACGCUCUGGGAGCCGGAGACACCGCCGGCGCCGUCCUUAGCUGCAAGGUGGCCCUGAUGCUAACAGGAUUGCUCGCCGUCUUCCAGGGUGUCGUCAUCGUCAGCUCCAAGUCCGUCCUGGGAUACGUCUUCACGUCGGACGGAAACAUCGCCGCCAUCGUGUCCGACAACCUGAGCAUAUACACUUUUCUACAAUUCUUCGACUCCAUUCUGUGCGUCUGCUCCGGGAUCCUGGUCGGCUGCGGCAUGCAGAAGAUGGCCGCCGUGUCCAACCUGGUGGGCUACUACUGCAUCGGGCUGCCAGUGGGCGUCGCCCUCAUGUUUGCGGCCCGCCUCAGAAUAUUCGGUUUGUGGCUUGGACUCCUGACGUGCGUCUGCCUGGAGGCCGGAUUUUUCCUCGUCCUCAUCUUCAAACUCAACUGGAAAAAAGUCACACGAGAGGCUGAACUGCGAGCUGGGGCAAAUAUUCCAGACGCAUCAAAGUGCGGCGUGCCGAACGACUCCAUGGUGGACGACAAAGAAGCUUCCAGAAGCGGCGAAGGCGGGACGCUGUCAUCAUCAGGCCGUGACAAAGCCCCGGCGCCGCUGUCCGUCACUCAGCUCCUGUUGAGGAGAGGACUCGCCGUCUCUGUCGCUGUGCUCAUUUUAGCCGCUGGCGUCGUUAUGCGCGUCACCUUUCCCGUUCCGGAAAUUGUAACAUCGAUGGGGGUUAACUUUACCCAAAGCUGGGCCAACGACUCCACCCCCACGCCAGCCGCUUGGACCCGGCAGACCACCGACAUCGGAACGCCGCUCAACCGCUCAACGACUUCAUCCUUCAAGUAAACACCAACGUGUCUUUAGAAGUACCUUCAAGUAUUUUCAGGAGGCAUUCUAUUAGGGCCAAAACCAGUUUUAUGACAAACAAAGAAAACCAAAAUAAAAUUGUAAUUUGGGGGGAAAUUUAAAAUUUUUGAGAAUAAAGUCAAACUUUGAUGGGAAAAUUUCAUAAUUAUAAUUAUUAUAAUAAUUAUUAUUAUAAGCUGUAAUAAUAAUAAUAAUAAUAAUAAUAAUAAUAAUAAUAAUAAUAAUAAUAAUAAUGUAAUAUGGGGGAAAAUGACAUCAUUUUAGUAGCAUGAAGUUAAAAUAUUAAAGAAAAUAUACAUUGGAAUAUUAUAAGAAAAAUAAAAGAAUGUAAAAAAAUCAGCUGUAAUUUGACGAGAAUAAAGACAAAAUAUUAAGAGAAAAAGUUAUGAGGACAAAUAAUGUCAGCUGAAAUAUUAAAUAAAUAAUGCACAUUUUUAAAGUAAUUUUUUGAGAAACAAAAGAAAAUAAAUGAGCUAUUUCUCUAGGCUGUUUGGAAAUGAUUUUGGAAACAGCACCAUCUGCUGGUGUUGGGGGGAAUGGGGGGCACUAAGCGGCGCCAACAUAACCCAAAUAGUGUAAAGAUAUAGAUUUCUAUUGAAUAGAUCAGAUUGGAGGGGGGGGGGGGGACGGAGACAAAUGGAGUAUUUCUCAAGUUGCUGUACUCUCGGUCGUCACGCCAACGACUCCGCGAUGACACUUAAUGGCGGCACGGCGGGACGCUGAUUGCGGCCUCCGCAGAGGAAGCUUUCCCGACAUGACGGCCUCUGUGAUGUCAACCCGUGAUGAGCGACGGUGGCAGGCGGCUGAUUUCAUAUGCAGCUUAACAAUUAAACAAAAAAAAGCAAACGUUUAUUACCAACAUCAUGCGUGGGUCAAAGGUCAGCACUCCAACCAAUAUGGAUGAGGAGAAAUGAUGCUUAUUGUACUUUUAUGGUCUUCCAUGCUUCCUUGUUUGUCUAUAUGUGCCCUGUGAUUGGCUGGCCACCAGUCCAGGGUGGACCCCGCCUCUCGCCCCAAGACAGCUGGGAUAGGCUCCAGCACCCCUGGUGAGGAUAAGCGGUAGAAAAUAAAUGAAUGUAUUUCAGUAAUCAUCGGCCGUGGUCAACCACAAAGCAGCGCUGAUUUAUUAAAUAUGUCCAAAAUGACAGUUAACGAGCCCCCUCCCCCUCCCCCCCCUCCCCACUCCCACCCCAACCACUGCUGAUUCGCUCCUCGUUAGUUCCACAGUGGAAGCACAGACAGACUAGCGAGCGUCUCCUGACCGUUACUGGCCUAACUGGAGCUGGACGAGCAGCUCGCUGACGAAGACGCCGGCGAGGAGGAGGCCGAUCAUGGCGAGCACGGCGAGUCCACGCCGUAGCACUAGCUGUCUGACAGAUAAGGCCGAGCCGUCCGACCGCGUCCGCUCGGAACCGGACUCCGCAGGACUGGAUGGACUGCGGUCCUGGUCACAUGCUGGUGGGCGGGGCGUAGACAUUUUAAACGGGGUGUUUUGUUGCUAGGCAGAUUUCAGUCAGGUUACCUUUGUUUUCUAUGACAAAGACCCUGCUUGGUUCUUGGGGGGGGACACCAGCUCGUACCAGCGCCUGAUCCGGGACACAUCACAGCAGAAGAACAGAAGAAUGACAACGUUCCUCCACGGCUGGAAGAGACUCAUUGCAAGUUAGCACAGCGGCUUGAUUGCAGUUGAUUGGCUUUAUUUUCACCCUUAAUAAUAUGAAUAAAAUAAUAA